GAGCAGCCGCCCAGUGCCAUCUCCAAAAAGACACGUAAAGCAACAAAAAUAGAGAAAAUCACUCCGCACAAAAGUAGCAAAUUAAUGAAUUAAACCAAACCACACACAAGGAGCACACACUAUGGACGCUGGCGUGUGGUACCGCUCGCUGCCCCGCUUCACCCGGUACUGGCUGACGGCCACCGUGGUGCUGAGCAUGCUCUGUCGCUUCGAUGUGCUACCCCUUCAUUGGCUUCAUCUGGACCGGUCGGCUGUUUUCGGCAAGCUGCAGCUCUGGCGCUGCGUGACGUCACUGUUCGUCUUUCCCAUAUCGUCGAACACGGCCUUCCACUUCCUCAUCAACUGCUUCUUCAUCGUGCAGUACAGCUCCAAACUGGAGAAGGAUCAGUACGGCCGGAGUCCGGCUGAUUACCUGUACCUGUUGAUCGUCUCGGCGGUGCUGGCCAACAUCGGAGGCAUGAUCUUCAACGUGUACUUCCUCAUGGACAUGCUCGUGCUGGCCAUCACCUACAUCUGGUGCCAGCUGAACAAGGACGUCACUGUGAGCUUCUGGUUCGGCACCAGGUUCAAGGCCAUGUACCUGCCCUGGGUGCUGGCCGCCUUCGAGUUCAUUUUCCACUUCUCCCUCGCCUCGCUGGUGGGCAUAUUCGUGGGCCAUGUCUACUACUUCUUCAAGUUCCAAUACUCCCAGGAUCUGGGCGGCACUGCCCUGCUGGAAACCCCUCAGUUCUUGAAGCGCCUGGUGCCGGACAUUUCCGGUGGAUUCGGCGGCUUCGGACUCCCGCCGGAGAGCAGAGCACCACCUAGGCAGGCUCCCGAAAGUCCCUGGGGCCGGGGCAUGACCUUGGGCCGCAACUGAGCUCCAAGCUGAUUCUCGAAACACUAGACUAAUUCCCUUUUUUACGGUUUGGUUUCCUCUAUUUCUCAACCAAGCUCUUUACAAAGCUCAUACUUUUUAACUAUUUUUCAAUCACCACACGAUUUGAUUCUCUGGCGACAGCAAUAAGUUAACAUGUUAAGUGGCAGGAUUGCAGUGUGCAUUGAUGAAAUUAUAUUAAUAUAUGUUUGUACAUAUACAAUCAUUAAACAAGACAAAAGUGUCCGGCGAUGUGAUGCAUUUCAAUAGAUAUAGAUUUGGUGAAACGAAA